GGGGUAGGGUGUGAUUGUGUUUAGGGGAGGGGGAGGCUGUCUGUAUGUGGGAGGCCCCCUCUCUGCCUUUGCCCCAGACCUUUGGAAUAGAAGGGGUGGCAGUGCCCUCAUCUCCCGAAGGCCUGUUUCAGGGAUGGCAGAGGGGCAGACUUUAUUCAGAGAGGCUCCAAGGAUCAACUGAAAAGCCAGAGGUGGAAUUAGGUGGUGGGAGACCCUUUCUCCAGACAGUACUUGUCCCUUGCUGGAGUCCCUCAGUGAGCUGUGCGCCCUGGUAGGGGUUGUAUGGCUGGGGCUGGAGGUGGGAGCCUUUUGCAUUCCUUAGAGAGGACCAUGGUUGGGGAAGGGAGGAAAAGGCAGCGCUGAACCUUCAGAUACAGGCCCUGGGAAGGCUCCUCCACAUCUGGAAAGGCCCGGAAUUGAGGCCCACGUCCCAACAUGGUGGGUGGUGCUGGCACUUUAGGGCCCUGCCUGGGCAGCGUCUUCUGCCAUGAACUUUUUGAAAUGGUUUUUAAAUCCCUGGAGCCUACUUUUGCCAAUGAAGGUAGGGGCAGAUGGUCCCUGGGGACAGGAUGGAGACGAAGUGGCCCAGGGGAGGGUGGAGUGAAGCAGUGGGCAGAGCUAUUCUUGGGGCUGGGCCUUGGCCUUCUCUAGACUCUGGUCUGAGGCUGAAGGAUCAGGGUUUGGGAGGGACUUGAGGUCUGGGAGGCACUAGGACUGGGCCUGGGACUGAAUGGGACAAGGCUCCAGCUGUGGAACUGGUGGUUCCUGGAGAGCAGGGGGACCAGGACUCAGGGGAGGAAGAGGUCAGAGGCAUAACGCCCAGGAGCCUGACUGUGGAAGAGGGAAGUGGCUUGAGCUCCUGGGCUUCAUAGUGAAGGGUUCCUGGACAGGAGUGCUGGGAGCUGGGCAUGAUGGCCAGGAUGGGCAAUGCCUGGAGUGAGGGCCAGAGUGGAAGGCUGCAGUUGGAUGGGCAGUUACAGAGCUCUGAAGCUAUCCCCUUGGGGACUCAGAGUCUUCUUGGAAGGGUCAUGUGUUCCCCUGGAUAGUGUCUACCCCUUCCUCUGGGUAUGAGCCAGAUGCUAGGAUGUGCUUCCAGGGGGCUGGAAAUGUGGCCAGAGACAGGUCCUUUGGGAACAGUGGUCUAGGCCAGUGGUGGUGGGAGAUCAGAAUAAGGCAGGGGACUGACCCAUGGGAGGUGGCUGAGGCGGAAUAUCAUGGGAGGAGUGGUGGGAAACCUGCUCACUCUGGAUUCUGUUCCCAGCAUCUCUGGAGACUGGCAGCUGAGGACUCAGGGACUGAUAGAAGCAGGCGUCUGACUGACUGGAAUGAUGUGUGUUCUUACUUAGGAUGCUUGUCUCUCCAGCUCUUGAUGGUGGUAGAGGUUUGGGUUCAGAGUAAUGUAGGAUAUAGAGAAGAACUAAUAUUUAUUGUGUGCUACAUGACAAGUGUUACUAGAUUUUUUUCUGGAAACUUGUUAUUCCCAUUUUAUAGAUGAAGAAACUGGUGUGGGAAGGUUCAGUAAUUUGUGCAGGGUAGUGUACCUAGGAAAUCAUGCUAAAGUUUGAAACCUGGUCUCAUGCCAAAGAUCAUGCUUCUAAUGAAGUAUUUUGAAGAGCCAGGCUUUCUUUGGUGACCUUUUCCAAAUGCCAGCCUGACCAAAGUCUUGUAUUCCUGAUCUGUCUUUCCAGAUAGUGCGAUUAGUGAUGUUGAGAGGUUGAAGGGCAUGCAGCUCUGUGAGAUACACAAGGGAUACUGACAGGAUUGACUGAGGGUUAACCAAGGAUGCAGGUUUUGGGGUAUAUAGAGAAGUCCCCUCCCUGCCUUCUGCUUUGCAAGGGGCCUGGGUAUCUGCUUGGAGUGCUGCUCCUCUGUCUCAGCAUCUGGUUCUAUGGCCACCUGGGACAGGCUCUGGGUACAAUCCCCUCUCAUUUCCUAGUGAGUACACGUGUCAGUGCUGCUAGCUCAGCAGGUUUAAGUACCAGGGGCCCCUCAGGGUGCCCUGCGGGUAUGGAGGAAUGGAGGAAUUGUCAAUGAGGCGGGACACAGGCAUCUAGGGAUGACAGUGCUUUUGGGUUCGCAUAUCAAAGCCGUUGUUAUGGAUCCUCCCAUCACAGUUCAACCUGGGAUCUGAGAAUGAUUUGGUUACCCAGGAUCUCUAACUUGAUGCAACCAUAUAAAACUGCCGUGGGCCCUGGUUUUUGUUUUGUUUUGUUUUGUUUUCUGUCAAAUGUCUCCAGUAUCCCAGAUGGCCACAGGGACAGCAUCACAGGAUUUUGGUGAAGAUCAGAAGGAUUUAGGCAUAUAGAAAGACCUUGAAGCCAGGCACGGUGGUACACCUGUUAUCCCAGCACUUGGGGCGCUGAGGCAGGAGGAUCACCCGAGCUACAUACAGCAUGUCAUGGUUUAGUGGCCUUCUGGUCCCCAAAGUGGAUGAACGAAAAACAGCCUGGGGUGAACGCAAUGGACAGAAGCGCCCACGCCGAGGGACUCGGGCCAGUGGCUUCUGCACGCCUCACUAUAUGAGCUGCCUCCAGGAUGCAGAGCCACCCAGCCCCACCCCUGCAGCUCCUGCUCGGUGCCCCUGGCAGGAUGAAGCCUUCAUCCGGAGGGCUGGGCCAGGCAAGGGCAGGGAGCUGGGGCUUCGGGCAGUGGCCCUGGGCUUUGAGGACACUGAGGUGAUUGCAGCAGCAGUGGGGACGGCUGAGGUGGCACCCAGUGUAGCACGCAGGAGUGGACGAUCAUGCUGGCACCGUCUGGUGCGGGUGUUCCAGUCAAAACAGUUCCGCUCAGCCAAGCUGGAGCGCCUAUACCAGCGGUACUUCUUCCAGAUGAACCAGAGCAGCCUGACACUGCUGAUGGCAGUGCUCGUGCUGCUGACAGUUGUGCUGCUGGCCUUCCAUGCCACACCUGCCAGUCCUCAGCCCGCCUAUGUGGCCCUGCUGGCCUGUGCUGCCACCCUUUUUGUGGCACUCAUGGUAGUGUGUAACCGACAUAGCUUUCGCCAGGACUCUAUGUGGGUAGUGAGCUACGUGGUGCUGGGCAUCCUGGCAGCUGUGCAGGUUGGGGGCGCCCUGGCAGCCAACCCGCACAGCCCCUCAGCAGGCCUCUGGUGCCCCGUGUUCUUCGUCUACAUCACCUACACGCUCCUACCCAUCCGCAUGCGGGCUGCCGUGCUCAGUGGCCUGGGCCUUUCCACCCUGCAUUUGAUCUUGGCCUGGCAACUCAACCGUGGUGAUGCCUUCCUCUGGAAGCAGCUUGGUGCUAAUGUGGUACUGUUCCUCUGCACCAAUGUCAUUGGCAUCUGCACACAUUAUCCGGCUGAAGUGUCUCAGCGCCAGGCCUUUCAAGAGACCCGCGGUUAUAUCCAGGCUCGGCUGCACCUGCAGCAUGAAAAUCGGCAGCAGGAGCGGCUGCUGCUGUCCGUGUUGCCCCAGCACGUUGCCAUGGAGAUGAAAGAAGACAUCAACACAAAAAAAGAAGACAUGAUGUUCCACAAGAUCUACAUCCAGAAGCAUGACAAUGUCAGCAUCCUAUUUGCAGACAUUGAGGGCUUCACCAGCCUGGCCUCCCAAUGCACUGCACAGGAGCUGGUCAUGACCUUGAAUGAACUCUUUGCCCGGUUUGACAAGCUGGCUGCGGAAAAUCAUUGCCUGAGGAUCAAGAUCUUAGGGGACUGUUACUACUGUGUGUCAGGGCUGCCGGAGGCCCGGGCAGACCAUGCCCACUGCUGUGUGGAGAUGGGGGUGGAUAUGAUCGAGGCCAUAUCGCUGGUGCGUGAAGUGACUGGUGUGAAUGUGAACAUGCGUGUGGGCAUCCACAGCGGGCGUGUGCACUGUGGUGUACUCGGCCUGCGGAAAUGGCAGUUUGAUGUGUGGUCCAAUGAUGUGACCCUGGCCAACCACAUGGAGGCGGGAGGCCGGGCCGGCCGCAUCCAUAUCACUCGGGCCACGCUGCAGUACCUGAACGGGGACUAUGAGGUAGAGCCAGGCCGUGGCGGUGAGCGCAACGCAUAUCUCAAGGAGCAACGCAUUGAGACCUUCCUCAUCCUGGGUGCCAGCCAGAAACGGAAAGAGGAGAAGGCCAUGCUGGCCAAGCUGCAGCGGACACGAGCCAACUCCAUGGAAGGGCUGAUGCCACGCUGGGUACCUGACCGCGCCUUUUCCCGGACCAAGGACUCCAAGGCUUUCCGCCAGAUGGGGAUUGAUGAUUCCAGCAAAGACAACCGGGGUGCUCAGGAUGCUCUGAAUCCUGAGGAUGAGGUGGAUGAGUUCCUGGGCCGUGCCAUUGAUGCCCGCAGCAUCGAUCAGCUGCGUAAGGACCAUGUGCGCCGGUUCCUGCUCACCUUCCAGAGAGAGGAUCUUGAGAAGAAGUACUCACGGAAGGUGGAUCCCCGGUUUGGAGCCUACGUUGCCUGUUCUCUGUUGGUCUUCUGCUUCAUCUGCUUCAUCCAGCUCCUCAUCUUCCCACACUCAACCCUGAUGCUUGGGAUCUAUGCCAGUAUCUUCCUGCUGUUGUUGAUGACUGUGCUGAUCUGUGCUGUGUACUCCUGUGGUUCUCUGUUCCCCAAGGCCCUGCAACAUCUGUCCCGAAGCAUCGUUCGCUCGCGGGCACACAGCACCGCAGUUGGCAUCUUUUCAGUCCUGCUUGUGUUCCUCUCUGCCAUCGCCAACAUGUUCACCUGUAACCAUACACCUAUACGGACCUGUGCAGCCCGGAUGCUGAAUUUAACACCUGCUGACAUCACUGCCUGCCACCUACAACAGCUCAAUUACUCUCUGGGCCUGGAUGCUCCCCUGUGUGAGGGCACCGCACCCACCUGCAGCUUCCCUGAGGUGUCCAAGCAGUGUUCAAGCAGAGGGAGAUGUGCUGGCACAGUUAUUGGUCCCUCUGUGCCAGGCCUGGUGAUGGGCACUGGGGACCCAGGACUCCUCAGAGUCCCUAACUCCAAGAGCAGCCAGGGGCCCUGGUGUGGUUACUUCGUCGGGAACAUGUUGCUGAGUCUCUUGGCCAGCUCUGUCUUCCUGCACAUCAGCAGUAUCGGCAAGUUGGCCAUGAUCUUCAUCUUGGGGCUUAUCUAUUUGGUGCUGCUUCUGCUGGGUCCCCCAGCCACCAUCUUUGACAACUAUGACCUACUGCUUGGCGUCCAUGGCUUGGCUUCUUCCAAUGAGACCUUUAAUGGGCUGGACUGCCCAGCUGUAGGGAGGGUGGCACUGAAAUACAUGACACCUGUGAUUCUGCUGGUGUUUGCGCUGGCACUGUAUCUGCAUGCCCAGCAGGUGGAGUCGACUGCCCGCCUGGACUUCCUCUGGAAACUGCAGGCAACAGGAGAGAAGGAGGAGAUGGAAGAGCUCCAGGCAUACAACCGACGGCUGCUGCAUAACAUCCUGCCCAAGGACGUGGCUGCCCACUUCCUGGCCAGGGAGCGCCGGAAUGAUGAGCUCUACUACCAGUCCUGCGAGUGUGUGGCUGUCAUGUUUGCUUCCAUUGCCAACUUCUCGGAGUUCUAUGUGGAGCUGGAGGCCAACAAUGAGGGUGUGGAGUGCCUGCGGCUGCUCAAUGAGAUCAUUGCCGACUUUGAUGAGAUUAUCAGCGAGGAGCAGUUCCGGCAGCUGGAGAAGAUAAAGACAAUUGGCAGCACCUACAUGGCUGCCUCUGGGCUGAACGCCAGCACCUACGAUCAGGCGGGCCGCUCCCACGUCACUGCCCUCGCAGACUACGCCAUGCGGCUCAUGGAGCAGAUGAAGCACAUCAACGAGCACUCCUUCAACAACUUCCAGAUGAAGAUCGGGCUGAACAUGGGCCCAGUUGUGGCAGGUGUUAUUGGAGCUCGGAAGCCACAGUAUGACAUCUGGGGGAACACAGUGAACGUCUCUAGUCGCAUGGACAGCACAGGGGUGCCUGACCGGAUACAGAUGCAGCAGGAAGGAUUCCAGGCUAAGCAGGCUCCCCUCCCACUCCCCCAGGUGACCACGGACCUGUACCAGGUUCUAGCUGCCAAGGGCUACCAACUGGAGUGUCGAGGGGUGGUCAAGGUGAAGGGCAAGGGGGAGAUGACCACCUACUUCCUCAAUGGGGGCCCCAGCAGUUAGCAGGCCCAGCUGCAGAUUCAGCUGAAGGGACCAAGGUGGGCAUUGAGUGGACUCUGUGCUUGCUGGGUGGAGCUGUGCCAGGGAGCACUGAGCCUCCAGAUCUUGGUGAUCACAAGAGGGAACACCCCAGCAGGCUGCUUGGACCGUGCUCGUCUGUCCUCAGACUGGUGAACAGGGAUACCAAGAAGAUUAUGCAACUGACUUUCUUUUUUAAUUGGGGUAGGGCUGUUUCUUCUACUUUCUUCCAGCUUUUGGGAGCAGCAGAGGGAGCAGUACAGACAGGGGGAACCCUCCUGCCUGAGAGAUUAAAAUGGCAACUUGCCAUGCCUACCCUUUCCCUGUCUGGACAACAGGCUCAGGGCUAGGUCUUUUCUUUCCCUUUUUCCUGGGAAUAUUUUUGUACAAAGACGGGGCAGGCAUGAGGAGUGCCUAUUCCAUACUUGCCUUUGCUAUGCCUGUGUCCCCCGCACUAGUCCUGGGUACCACCAGUCUUAGCCAGGUCUCCCUCCUAGGUACAGGGCAGGGCGGAGACAUUCUGGGAACCCAGCUCUAUCCACAUUUUAGGGAAAUGUUUCCAUUUGCCAAAUCCUUGUCCCAUGAUCUGUUCCCCAAAGGGGAACAAAGGGAUCUGAGACAGUUUAGAUUUAGCCCCAGUUCCUGCACGCUCCAGGGAAAGGGGUGUCUGGCCUCACUGGUACUGUAAAAAUGGCCAGCCUGUGUGUGGGUGUGGAGAUGUCAGGUGAUCAAAAGCUGGACAUUCACCUACAGGUGCCAAAGAAUGCAGGCGGCUAGGUAGGGGAUGGUACCAGGCUUAUCUGAGGCUCAGCUGUGGCUAGGAUCAGGUCCCUUGAUCCCAGCACUUGCUUGCUGGCAAGGGGGCACGGAGCAUUUCUGCUCCUUCUGUUGCCAAAUAGAAAAGGGUCAGGGCACAGAGGACAAUGACCCUGAUCCCAAACUUGGCUUCCCAAGUCUCUGGUACUGGGGAGGGCCUGUGUAUUUACGUAACCGUGUGUGCAUGUUGCUCUUUGUGUGCAUAUCUGUUUUCCAGGUCUGUGUAUGUCCUUGUGCUCCUGCUCCUCAGCUCUCCACCAGGGGUUGCCUCUCUCCUGUGGGUCUCUCUUCUGGGAAUAAGGCAGGGUUUCCCGUUUCAAGGGAUACAGAGAGAUGCCCAGCUUGCACAGGAGUGGGAUGGGGUGUGGCGGCAAAAGGAGGGUGGCCUGGGGAGAGGAGUCCUUUUUGUGCCAAAUCCCUAAGUGCCAUUUGGGGCCACGUGUACAGCAUGACUGUCUCCCUGUCUGAGGCAGGGACCCGAGUGCCUGCUUGAGCCUCAAUGCUCCAUGCAUUUGAACUGUCUGGGGUUUAGUGGCCACAGGCUCAGGAAUUUCCUGGGUUCCCCAGCUUGUGUCCUGGAAUGUGUUAUGCUUUAGGACUGGGGCAGCAUGGGAUCCUUCUUAGGACCCAGAUAUUGGUACUAGGGGAUGGGGCAGGGGGAUCUUAAACUAGGCUUCCCUCAGCCUUUAGCCUGAGUCUCCAUGUUCCUGGCUCCCAAUCCCCAUGAAGCCUGAAAGGGCUGCUAGAAGGGUUAGGAAGUUGGACUCUAGAUUCCCUUCCUAUCCUUACCUUCUUUUUACCCCUUUCCCUGCAGCCUCUUUGACUCUGGCCUGAAGUAGCUGGUGCCUUGGUUUCUCUGUCUAUACUUUUUAAAGCCAGAGGCAUUAGCCUGAGUUUUGCUUGAAGAUCACUUUGUCCUGUAAGUGUCUAGAGAAGCAGAGGAGAAAGGAGUUUGGGGAGGUGGAAGGAAUAGGUAGUGCCCUUGCCCCUCCUCAUGCUCCUUCUAACUCACCAGCUCCUCGCGGAAGCCUGAUUCUGGCUUGGUACUGUGCCUUGGGGCUCUCCAUGCAUCAACCAAAUGAACCACUAGGCACUUCAUUAGCCAGGGCAGAAAAGGAGAGAAGCUAGCUGCUUCAGACAGAAAACUGAUUCCCUGUCCCAUCCAGCCAUAUCUCUGGAAAGGAAGGAUUCCUUGGUGCCAUGGGGAGGCGGGGAGGGUGUAAGUGAGCCAGAGUGGGAAGACCUCAGCCUUGGGUGAUUUGUCUCUGCUUCUUGCCAGGUAGGAGGGUUCUGUCCACACCCUGGCUCCCUGUACCACAGUGCCAGUCAUGCCCUUCCCCUGGGUUACCAUUGCCCCUUUCCUUACUGGUUGGGGAGGAGUCAGGGGAUGGGAGGCAUGGGCUUUGGUUUUAUAAUGUAACCACUGUGGGAGUGGGGGAGGGUGGUGUACCAUGUA